GAGUCCUCUGCUAGCUUCCAGGAUAAGCUUUGAAAGGACUGGCUGCUAUUGAAUUCAGUGGGACUUACUUCUCUUUCUGGACUUGCUCUCUUAAGGAAUUUAUUGCAGCACCGGUGUAUGUGUUCUAGAGUCCGUUUCAGCAGGUGAAACAGCUUUAACAUAGACUCGUAGAAUUGGAAGGGACCUAUAAGGCCAUCUAGUCCAACCCCCUGCUCAAUACAGGAAUCCAAUUUACAGCAUCCGCGACAGGCAGCUGUCCAGCUGCCUCUUGAACGUCUCCAGGGUUGGAGAGCCCACCAACUCAUGGGUCCCGUUUUCAUAUCGCUCUAACAUUUAGGAAGUUUUUCCUGAGGUUCAGAUGUUAUUUCCUCCUGUAGUUCGAGAUGUUUUUCUAUCGACAGUUGCGUGAUUUAUCACAGCUGGAACAGGUUUUCUUAAUUUAUUAUUAAUAACAAUGAUAAUGAAUUUUUACAAUUAAAAUUAUUGUGCGGGGCGAAGACAGACUCGAACGAACACCCGAGUGAAGGGGCGGGGCCUUCUCAUUGGCUAAGCCGACAGAUGCCUUCGAAGCGGAAGGCCGUUGGCUGCACUUAGCGGUGACUGACGGCGAUACACAGCCAAUGGCAGAGCAGUGGCGGUUUUCCGCGCGCAGUUUGGGACGGUUACGCCACCGGUGGAAAGGAGAGCGCGGCGCUGAGGGAAGGACCGGUGGAGGCUUAGCGGCAGCUUGAAGGCCCACGAGAGAUGGCCGAUGGAGGCGGAUUUUAUACGCGAGUGCUGGGCUCCGGCGCAGACUCGCCGCCACUCCUCAGCCUGAGGCGAAGGUCGAAACUCAAGUGGCCAGAGGAGGCGGUUAUGCUUGAGAAAGUGUUGGGAAUAACUACUCAGACCAGCAGUGCUUUAACUUGUGACCCAAACACAGGGCAGAUAGCGUAUCCAACAGGAUGUGUGGUUGUGAUUUUAAAUCCUCAGAAGAAUAAACAGAAGCAUAUUUUUAAUACUGCUAGGAAAACUGUGAGUGCUGUAUCUUUUUCUCCUGAUGGGAAAUACAUUGUAACUGGUGAGAAUGGGCACAGGCCGGCAGUCCGAGUGUGGGACACUGAAGAGAAGACUCAAGUGUCAGAGCUCCAUGGCCAUAAGCAUGGCGUGGCAUGUGUGGCCUUUUCUCCCAACAUGAAGUACCUUGUCUCGGUGGGAUAUCCGCAUGACAUGAUUGUCAAUGUGUGGGACUGGAAGAAGGCCACACUCAUUGCCUCCAAUAAAGUGUCUUGCAAGGUUAUGGCCAUCUCCUUUUCAGAGGACAGCUACUUUGUUACUGUUGGCCAUCGGCACGUGAAGUUCUGGUUCUUGGAUGUAUCCAGGGAAGUUAAGGUUAAAGAGACAGUUCCACUUGUCGGUCGCUCUGGCCUUCUUGGAGAGCUUCACAACAACAUCUUCUGUGACGUGGCAUGUGGGCAGGGCAAAAUGUCAGGUAGCACGUUCUGCAUUUCCUAUUCUGGGCUCCUCUGCCAGUUUAAUGAGAAGCGUGUGCUGGAGAAAUGGAUUGAUCUGAAGGUAUCUCUAGCCAACAGCAUUUGUGUUAGUGAAGAAUUUAUAUUCUGUGGUUGUGCAAAUGGAACUGUGCGCAUCUUCCUCACACACAACUUACAUUACCUCUCGGACUUGCCAAAACCGCAUUACUUGGGCAUUGACGUAGCUAGAGGAGAAGUGCUGAGGCCAGAUGCCAUCUACCCAGAUACUGUUGCCUUGGCCUUUGAUCCCUCCCAUCACUGGCUCUCCUGUGUAUACAAGGACCACAGCGUGUACAUUUGGGAUGUGAAGAACACUGGUCAAGUUGAGAAAGUGUGGUGUGACCUUUUCCACAGUUCAUUUGUAUGGAAUAUUGAGGUUUAUCCUGAGUUUGAAGACCAUAGAGGCUGUUUACCCCCAGGAUCCUUUCUAACAUGUUCGUCAGACAAUACUAUACGCUUUUGGAACUUGGAAAAUGGCAAAGAAGUGGAUUUUCAGAAAAACAUCUACAGUAAUAACUUGCUAAAGAUUAUGUAUGUGGAAAAUAACAUCCAGCAUUUGCAAGAUUCAACAAAUGUGCCAGACCGAGGUGAAAACACCAACUUCCUCGAUGUGAAAUCUGGUGUCCGUGUGAUGCAAGUCAGCCCUGAUGGCCAGCACUUGGCCUCUGGUGAUAGAGCUGGAAAUUUGAGGAUACAUGAGCUAAAAUACAUGGAUGAAGUGAUAAAAGUGGAAGCCCAUGACUCAGAAGUUCUCUGCUUACAAUACUCUAAGCCAGAAACUGGGAUGGCUCUGCUGGCCUCAGCAAGUCGAGACAAGUUGAUUCAUGUGCUAAAUGUGAGGAGAAAUUAUAAACUAGAGCAGACGUUGGAUGACCAUUCCUCCGCUAUCACUGCUGUGAAGUUUGCUGGAAAUGGAGCUAUUCAGAUGAUUAGCUGUGGAGCUGACAAAAGCAUCUAUUUUCGCAGUGCGCAAAAGGUUGCGGAGGGAAUUAACUUUGUCAGAACUCAUCACGUUGCUGAGAAAACAACCUUGUACGACAUGGACAUUGAUAUAACACAGAAAUAUGUCGCGGUGGCUUGUCAGGACAGAAAUGUCAGGAUAUACAACACUGUCAGCGGGAAGCAGAAGUGGUGCUAUAAAGGCUCGCAAGGCGAUGACGGAUCCCUACUGAAGGUCCAACUGGAUCCUUCCGGAACGUUCUUGGCCACCAGUUGCUCAGAUAAGAGCAUUUCCAUUAUAGAUUUCCACUCUGGGGAGUGUGUUGCCAAAAUGUUUGGACAUUCAGAAGUCGUUACAGGGAUGAAAUUUACCUUUGACUGCAAACGCUUGAUCACCGUCUCGGGAGACAGUUGUAUCUUCAUAUGGCAUCUUAGUCCUGAAAUUACCACCUGCAUGAAACAGCACUUGAUGGAACUGGAUCAAGUCCGGCAGAAGAAGAAAGCCAGGGAGCCAACGUGGUCUCAUCAGGUCAGGAGGGAGACCUUUGUUGCUGUGCCAAGUGGAAGAAACCCCUGUGGUGCUGAACAUCUGGCUGAUUAUGACACCGAGGAGGAGAGGGAAGAGGAAGAAACAGCUCUUCAGACUCCUCUGAAAGUUGACCUUGAUGCAGCUCCUGCUUGUAUCCUCACCAAUGGCAAAAUGCCCAUGUGGGCAAAGAGGCUGCUUGGAGAGGCAGAUAAUUCGGACAGCUCUACCUUUAACUCCAGGGUGAGUUAUCAACCACAAGGGCGGUGGGCUGAACGUGCUGCCAAGGAGCCACUUAAGAUCAUGCUGGACACAAACUUUAGUUACUUAAACAGCAGCAUGAAUGACGACGAGCUGGAACCACAGAGACUGGAUCAGCUGCUCUUGGAGUCCAAGAACUCCCCUAGCAGCAUAAUUGAAGAUUUCAAACAGCCAGAUCUGUCCUCCGAAGAGGAGGUGAUGGAAGAGCUUGAAGUCAGCAGGAGCAGCCUCCCCGACGUGCAGACGAGCCCAUCCGAGGGAGAAAGGAAAUACAUGAAGGAGCUGCACCUCCAGCCAGCUUAUCUGAACGAAGGUGCUGAUACGAAAGAGAAGCUGCCAGAUAAAAUCUGCUCCGUCACCUCCUUGGUCUCCGAGGCAUCUGCUUUGGGCCACCAACGGGAAGACCAAGAGUCUCUAGUGUCAGAGGCAGAAGGAGAAAUGACCGACGUGGACGAGAACUUCCAGCAAAGCAACUCUUUGCCCCAAACCCCAGAAGAAGAGAAAUUCCUCCGGCAUCACUUUGAGACGCUUGCCAGUGCUCAGGCUGAAGAAAAGUUUGACGGUUGCCUAAAAGAUCUCAAGCCAUCUGAAGAGGAGGAUGAGGAGGGUGCCUUGUUCCUGAACCCUCGCCUGAGCAUUUCUGCUAUGUUCCUCUCUCGCUGCCAAAGAAAUAGCAGGUUUGCAGCUGCCUUUUUCCCAAGGGUCCAUCAGCACUCUCAGACUGCCGCUGUAGAGCAGGAGAAGGCGGAGGCCCUGCUGCCCAGCGAGCUCAAGAAACUGGAGAAACUUUCAGAAGAAACUCACUCUGAGUUGAAGGAAAAGCUUGAUGCUAGAACAUACAAUAUCUCAGAAGCACAGGUUCUUGUCAGAAACUUUGAAAUGAACCUGCAACCUCUGUGCACCAAAUUUGAAGAGACUUUGCAGCUUUACGAUAAGGUGACUUCCUGUAAUGACUCUACUGAGGAGGAGCUUCUCCAUAUAAAGAACAAGCUGGUUAGUACUUUCUGUUGGAUGAAAAAUGAGCUGGACUCCAGAGCUAUCAAGAACAACACAGAUGUGGCAACAGCCACAGAUGGCCCAACCCACUGGCUGAAGCACCUUGAAGACAGCGAGACCCACUCUCUCUUAAAGCAUUACUCUGACUCACUGCUGAGUAUGGUCCAGAAGAAGUUGGAUGAAUCUCACAAAGCAGAUGUUGCUUGAAUCACCCCAAGCAAUGACUCCACCACCACCUAAAAAACAUGAUUGUAGUGCUGAGCUCCAGCAAACGUGGACAUCGAUUUCUGUGUAACUCCUGAGGAGUUGGCUGCUAAGACAGAGCUGAUUUAACAUGUUUACCUCUUGCGUUUAUUUUGUGCAAUUCCCCUUCUUUUUUUCCUGACAAGCUGUUGCUGUUUGAAAAAGCUAAAAAAAGAACACUUCUGAAAAGCUUUUUUUAUAAGAAUGAGUGUAGUAAGAGGAGAAAAUGGGUGUUCCCCCGUGGUACUUUCGUGUGUGUGUCUUUUGUAACACUGCUUUGCAACAGAAGUUCUUAAAUGUUUGCUGUUUUUUCC